AUUUGAUACCAAAUAAGUGAUAAUUAGAUGAAAAACCGGCACAACUUUCUUCUUAAAGCCAUAAAUGAUGUCUUUUAAUGAAGAUAUUAAAAGAUAGGCUUUCGUUGAAUCAAAACUUUUGUCGAUCUCUUUGUCAUAAUUUGUGUUACAUUUGCGCCAUAUUUCGGAUUUAUUGCCAACUCUUACACGCAUUUCAUCAGAGUUUCAACGCAUAGAUUGUCACAAAUAGAUUGAUCCACAAGAAGACAACAGACUAUUAUCAUAACAAUGGAAACCGGGAAUGAAAUCAAUGAAUUUGACAUCGCUUUCGAAGAACUGGAAACUGCUUUCAGUGUUUGGUCGAUAAGCGGUGAUAUAAUGCGUGAAGAAGUGUCAGCGAUUGACAAGAAUGUGGUUCCGGGCGGUCAUAACAUAUUAGUGACCAGUGCUCUCCCGUAUGUCAAUAAUGUACCGCAUUUGGGAAACAUUAUCGGAUCCAUACUCAGUGCCGAUGUGUUUGCAAGAUAUUGUCGUCUUAAAGAUCUUAACACAUUGUUUGUGACGGGAACUGAUGAGUACGGGACGGCCACAGAAACUAAGGCUUUGGAAGAAAAGUUAACUCCAAAAGAAAUUUGCGACAAAUAUUAUAAAAUACAUAAAGACAUCUACGACUGGUUUAACAUUUCUUACGAUUAUUUCGGACGAACCACAACUCAGGAGCAAACUAUGAUAGCUCAAGACAUCUUCUGGGGUUUACAUCGAAACAAAUAUCUUUUAGAAGAAGAGACACAACAACUGUAUUGCCCGAAAUGUGAACGCUUUUUAGCCGAUCGUUUCGUUGAAGGUGUCUGUCCUUUCUGUACAUAUUGUGACGCCCGCGGCGACCAAUGCGACAAAUGCGGGAAAUUGAUUAACGCGAUUGAACUCAUUGAACCAAAAUGUAAACUUUGUUCCACUGGACCUGUCGUAAGAUCUUCGAAACAUUUGUUCAUUGAUUUACCUAAACUACAGCCUAAGAUAAAGGAAUGGUUUGAGGAAACAAGUAAUAGUACCGAUAGUUGUUGGUCACAAACGGCAAAAGUUAUUGCCAGUUCAUGGCUAAGGGAUGGACUUAAACCUCGAUGUAUUACACGCGACUUGAAAUGGGGAACUCCUGUUCCCUUAGAGGGCUUUACUGAUAAAGUAUUUUACGUUUGGUAUGACGCGCCUAUUGGUUAUCCAUCGAUGACAGCGCAUCAAAACAUCAAUUGGAAAGAAUGGUGGAAAAAUCCCGACGAUGUAACUCUCUAUCAAUUUAUGGGCAAAGAUAACGUUCCGUUUCAUGCCAUCAUAUUUCCCGCUUCUGAAUUGGGAACUCAUGACAAGUGGACUAUAGUUAAUCACUUAUCUGCUGUUGAGUAUCUUAACUACGAAGACUCAAAAUUUUCAAAAAGUCGUGGUAUAGGAGUAUUCGGAGACAACGCUAAAGAUACGGGAAUUCCGUCCGAUAUUUGGCGCUUCUAUUUGCUAUAUAUAAGACCCGAAUCACAGGACACCACAUUUAGUUGGACUGAUUUGAUGAACAAAAACAAUUCAGAACUUUUGAAUAAUUUGGGAAAUUUUAUUAAUAGAGCUCUAGUUUUCAUUAACAAUAAUUUCGAUAAUACUAUUCCUCAGAUGAAUCUUCUGGAUAUUGAGAAAACAUUAUUGGCUCAAAUUAAUAGAGAAAUCAACGCUUAUAUAGAUUUGAUGGAUAAAGUAAAGCUCAGGGAUGGUAUUCGUCACAUCCUAAGUAUUAGUAGAAUUGGCAAUCAAUAUAUCCAGGCAACGAAGCCAUGGGAAUUGGUUAAGAAAGAUAGAAGUGAUGAGGACAGAUUACGUGCGGCCACUAUAAUGGGAUUAUCAGCUAAUAUUGCAGCACUUUUAUCAGUUCUUGUCAUACCAUAUAUGCCCAACACAUCUAAUACUAUUCAAAAGCAACUAAACAUUAAAAUAAAUCUAUUACCGAAAGAUAAACGAAUGCAUUGCCUAUUAAAAUCAGGACAUAAAAUAGGAAAAGGUGAACCUCUCUUCAAAAAAUUAGAAUUAAAAGAAAUCGAAGCAUUGAAAGAGCGAUUUAAGGGAAAACAAGAGAAUACUGUUUCCAAUGGCAUCCCUGAAAUCAAUCCUAACUUCACGGGCGAUGAAUUAAAUGAAUUAGUGACACAACAGGGAAACAAAGUGAGACAAUUGAAGUCUGAAAAGGCAACCAAAGAUGUUAUCACUAAAGAAGUAGAAAUUUUAAAGAGUCUUAAGAAACGUUUAGCAGAAGUUAGUUCUCAACAAAAAUAAUUGCUGUAAUAAGCAUUGAAAUGUAAAAUUGGCAAGGUGCUUUCGAGGCU